GGUAAAACUAAUCGAGUCUGACAAGCGGCGGCAACAGCCAGCAAACUUGGAUAUAAAAGCGAUUGCUGCUCUAGGAGAAUAUACCACAUCCUGUGCAGCAUUUAACCAGGCAACAAUAUCUCAACAAUAUCCAACAAGCAAAGAUAAUGUCGAAAAUGAGCAAACAAACACAGCUGCAACAGUUGGCGGUGCUAAUGAUGCUACUACUGGUGCUGCCGGUGGCAUUCAACAGUGUGUCGGCUGUGUACACGAUUCAGGCUUGCGGCUCCCAGCUAUCGGAUGUACUCUUCGGUGUCUGCCAGGGUCGCUUCGAAACUUUUCGGUACCAAAAACGUGGCUCAUUGGAUCUCUUUGACUAUGUGGAGCAUCAGCAACAGGACGAGAUUAGCAAUGGCAUUGAUGGAGAUGAGAUUGGCUUGGGCUGGCCACAGAACUCCAUAAUGGCCACCAGGCGUUUGCCGCGUGGCGUUGUCGACGAAUGUUGCCGCAAGCCCUGCGUCUAUAUGACAAUACGCAAGUAUUGCUCAAACUAAACGUUACAACACACUUAUUCUCUGUAUUCUAAUUCAUAUUUUCUAUAUAUAUCUCUCUAUAUAUAUCUGGAUAUGUGU